AUGACUUCGUCCACUCAGCCGGAAUUGUCGAUCGAAGGGCUGAUCAAGGAGAAGGGCAACAAUGAUUUGGUCACAGUGGAGAAGGAUGAGGCUCUCAACGAACCCGUGGUAAGAUUAUUGAAGGAAACUGGGGAAAUUUUGAAAAUUUGGCGGAAAUAGCGACAAAUUGGGACUAGAAAUUUCUACGAUAUACGGAGAUUUUUGGUUCGCGUUUUACAGAAUUUUUUGAGUAUUUUCGUUUUAAAAAGACGAAAAUUGGGAUUUUUUUAUAUUUUUUCAGUGAAAAAAUCAAAAUUUUUCGGCAAAGAGCUACAAAUUAUAGCGAAAAGUUUCUUAUAUUUUUUUCCUGGGCGCAGCUCGCAAAAAAAACUUUUUCCAAAUUUUUGAAUUUUUUGAAUCUUGAGUGACAAAAAAUCCCGUAUUUUCCUAUUUUUGCGGUUUAAAAAUCUCAGUAAUUUUUUUGCAAAGCGAAAAAAAAAAUUUUUAUUUUUCUAAAAUUCAGAAAAAAAAAUUUUUUUUGAUUUUCAUCAAACUUCGCUUGCAGAAAAAACGCAAGCCAAAGAAGGCAAAGCGGAACGACGCUGACGCCUCCGUGCAAAGCGAAGCCGAAGACAACGAACGCCGCAAAAUCAUCCGCCGCUACAUGUUUUAUUUGGGCAUCAUCGUCAUCGAGGCCAUUUUGUUGACCAUCGGCGUGCUUGUUGGAAUCGGAUACGUGGGCGUUUUGUUGAGUCGUAAAUGA